UGUAAGUACAAAUGGCGCACAAUAAGUGACACACUUAUAAACUGAUGUACAACCGUCUUCGUCACAGUUCGCAAGCAGCUUCUGUUGAAGCGAAACGAUUCGUUAAUUUAAGUUAAGACUUAUGUCUUGUACCUGAAUUUAUUUGUUAAGGAAAUAAGUCAUAAAAUCGAAGUUUUUAUUACGCUUGCAAUUUAUUAUUAUUAAGAUUAAAUAGUAAAGCGCCUGCGGAAAAAUUUGGGGCAAUUUGUUGAAUCGUUGUUUGUUAUUUUGAAUCGCAAGGCGUUCAUCAUGACAUACAAAGCGCACGUUAUUAUUAGCGUUAUUUUGCCAGUGUUCUUCUCUACUACAUGUGAAGCCAUCAAGUGUUUCGACUGCAACAGCGCGAACAACUCAGCGUGUUUGGACCUGCACCUGCCCAGAAUGAACGCCAUCAUACCAGUGGUCGACUGCAGCAAGGCGUUACCCAACAGCAUAAGCAAACAGUUCUUCUGCAGGAAAAUCACACAGACUAUUCUCCACCCCAACCACACGCCAGAGGUCCGAAUAACCCGCGGCUGCGGCUGGGUGAAGCACAAACGCGAGUGCUACACCGCCGACAACAAGGACCACUUAGAAACCGUCUGCCAAUGCUUCGGGGACAUGUGCAACGCGGCCGCGGCGUUGCGGGACGUCAGACUGACAGCUGUCACCGCGCUAGCCGCCAUCUUGGUUUUCGUUAGGAGUUGGCGGGCUUGAACGAAGUACCUACUACAAAGUUUAUGUUCCUGUAAAGUGUAAUUUGGUUUGUACAUAUUAAGAAAAAUAAAUGAUUCAAUCUG